AUGAGACGUCGUUGGGCCCUGCAAAGCCAAGAUCGCACGACCACCGCACCUUCCUCUCCAAUCGAAGUGGAGUCUCAGCCAGCAUCGCCUCCCAGGAGCAUCACCGAAGAUUUUGAGGCACAUCUGGCCGCGCUGGCUUCAGAACCUGCACCGCCUUGCUCCGACUUCAUAGAAGACCCUGCACCUAUACAGCCUUCCAUUGCACAGGUCUUCCAACGGCAACGACUGUUGCAGGCGUACCCAAAAAAUCCGCCCAACGCCAAGCACAGCCAUGGCGACCUUCCAACAGUCGCUGACUUGAUAGUGGGCCCAACCACAGCUCGGGCAACGCCCAGGCGGAACACAUUUUACCCGCCGGUCCCGCAGGCGGAUAGAGCAUUGCACAUAGCACCGCCGCCGAAAAGAUAUCGGCCCGAGCCGGCACUUCAAUUUGGCGGCCUGCCAGUACCGCCCCCUCCAUCGCUGCCGCGCAGCCUUGCAGGAUCCACUGCUACGCAAAUCAUCCCGCACAGCUCUCUUAAAAGCCCUCCGGCCACGCCACGACCGCCGCCGGCAUCUCAGACUCCGCUUGCGCCUCCCAGGCCGCGCACAGUCAAAUUCAGGACCGUGCGCAGCUCCCUAGCAUCGCGCAUGAACAUAUGCGGUACGCUUUGGCUGCAGCUAGUGUACAAGCUAGGCAAAGCCUCGCAUCUCUUGCAAUCGGUGGAAGCAGCCAAACAAGCCUCGGACCAUAUUAUGGCAGUAAUCCGCAACAACACGCCAGGCACGCUGGAGCGAUAUCUCCGCAUUGCAUCGCUAUUCAUGGACUUUCUUGGCAGCUCAGCAAUCAGCUUUCUCGACGUCAGCCUGCAUCGCCUACUCGAUUUCCUCGCCCUAGCCAGAGCAUCGCACAGCCAAGACCUUGAGAUCCAUCGCAUCAGCGCCGCUUCCUCUAUCAAAGCCCUUCGCUGGUUCGUAAGGCAAACGCAAUGGUCAUGCCUUAGCAACGCACUAGAAAGCCCGAUUAUACGGGCCUAUUCUCUCAAAGGCACUGCCAAAGACCGUCGCGAAGCACUGCCCAUCCCCUGGGCGCUAAUCGCUGCCUGGGAGCAGCGCAUUUGUGACCCAAACGCCCCCGUCACAACUGUCGUCGUCCUGGGGGCUGCACUGCUCGCCAUCCACGCAAGUCUGCGCUUUGGCGACCUGCAACGCAUUGACUUCUCCAGCCUAUCGCUCUCCACUUCUGCAUUGCACGGCACCUGCUGGGCUACGAAAACCACAGCGCAAGGCCAGCCUUUCGCAGUUACCCUCGCGGGUAUCACUGGCCGGUGCAAGGCCACCUGCUGGACCUUGCACUGGCUCUCAGCAUUGCACCGCAUCGUGGCCUCCUCAUCGGAAGAUCCGCCGGAUUUUCUGUGGUUCAGCACGGCACUAGACCACAGCUCGGUCGAGGAGCUUGCCCCAGCAUCCUAUUGCACCGCUCUGCUCAGCCUUAGAUACCUGGCCACAUUGCCAUGGAAGGCCAGCGGCAAUGGUCUCUUGCCCAGUGAAGCCAAACAACUCACCCUGCACAGCAUGAAAAGCACCCUGUUGGCAGCUGCAGCACAGCUACGCGUUUACAAAGAGCUACGCCUGGCUCAAGGACACCACAGAGACAGCGCGAGGCUCUAUAGCAGGAAUGACACUUUCGACAGCCUAGACCUCCAGCAUCGCCUCGCACAAGCAUUCAGCACAGGCUGGCGACCAAACCGCAGCGUCGCCAGAGGAGGCCAAGCACCCAUCCCAGAGCCUCCUUUUCACCUCCCAGCGGGGGAUCCACUGCAAAGCAUCACAGCUGGUAUGUGUGCUUGCUCACGAGUGUUUGGUAAUGUUUUGCAUGCUUGCUGCAUUUCAUGA